CUGUGCUCGAGGAGAACUACGAGGUUCACACGGCCAACAGCUGCACGAAGAAGUACGGGAAGAACCCGAAGGCGAUGAAGAUACGUCCAAUAAAACUACCAGAUGCCAAGGGCACGCUCAAGCAGUACUUUCCGAUACCAGCAGAUGACUUCCGCAGGUUGAAGGUGCAGACAGUUGUUGGCACGCAUGGGAAAACUUUGAAGAUGAGCGGUCCGAAAUUGUUUGAGGGCCACGCGGACAUGUCUAUGCUUAGUCAGGCAAACGUGACCAUCAGCAAGUACCAGCUCGACUCGAUCAAGAAGACGGCAGAAGAGGCCCGCAAGCCUAUGUGCCGCAGCCGCAGCACGCCAACGAAGCCAGGGGUGCGCUCGAAGAGCUUGACGCCUGCGAGCAACAAGGGCGCCAAGGGUCCCAAGCUCAAUGAAGCGGAAGUCGUCGAAGUGGACGCCGAGGGCGACGAAGACCAGAUGACAGCUACCUUCGGCGACCUUGCUGCGCUCUUCGCUGACCACCCCAUGGCGCCAAAGGACGAAUGCGCACGGAUUGCUGGUGAGAAAGAGAAGCACGGCACGUGUGCUUACUGGAUCAUGAGGCUCCCUCUCGAGUGCAUUGCUGCAUCGACUUCUUUCAAGUACCUGCACGCGGUAUCUCAGUCUGAGAUCUUGAAGCCAAUGAUCGAGCAGUGCGAGCGCGACACCCUGGAUGUGCACCUGCGUCUUGUCAAUGAGGCUAAGAAUUUUCCAGACGGCAAGCUCUUGCUGCUGAGCUGGGGCCAGGCGAAGGAGAAGAUCGAGCAACUCAAAAAGACUGACAUGGCUUGGUUGGCAGAAACGCGGGUCUCAGUUCUCAAGGCCUACGCGAAGCACUUCACCGACAAGAUCGAUGCUGACAAGGAUGUGAGGUCCUCCAUUGGCCACCUCGCGCGGGCGUUCGCUCCGUUCUCCAAUGGCAACCUCCCUGAGUAUGACCCAGAAACGCCGACGCUGCUAACGUCCAGGCUGCCCAUGGCUGAGACAAAGUCUAUCUUCUUGACCUCGGGUGUCGUCGGCCAGCUACUCUCUUGGUUGGACGGUGCCGAGACGAAGGAGGAUUUGGUAUUGGAGCUGCAGGAGGCCAUCGCGUCGCAGUGGACGGUGAGCGAAGACACGAUCAUGCCUCCAGAGUGCGGGUACUUGAUGCAGGACACCAAGAAGGUGUUGGCCGUGCUCGCCGCCAGCAUCCAGAAGAGCCUUCAGAUCAACACGCCCGUCAGCGUCUUCGACGACGUCAAGCGCUUGCAGGAGGAGGGGCUGAAGACUCUCAAGGGAGGCUCGUCUGUUUUCCAAGUCGUCGGGCAAGGAAUCGAGAGGGCGCCGUAUUGGAACAGAGCGAUCGCAACAUUCGGCAAGUCGGCAAAGGCGUUGAAGGCCACCGCCCCGCAGCUGCAGGAGCACAUGAAAGCUGCCCUGGAGCUCAAAGACAGCGCGCCCAGCACUGAGGCGUGCGAUAACCUACUGGCCAUGGCCCAGGCGAUCCCCGAAUACAAUGCAAGCGUUGGCCAGGCCCACGUUCUCGAGCUCGACACGCAGCUCGUUGCGGCCAUCAACGCCCACGCCGCCCAGAUUUCUUCGGCCAUUCUCGCCGAGUGCAAGAACGGCUCGGACGGCGUGGCAUCCGCGGGCACGCUCGAGGCAUACACGGGCCUCGUGAAGAAGGCAAUUGCCAGCUGCUCCCACAAUGACGACCUCGUUCGAGCCCAGAAGAUGCUGGAGAACACGCCGCGCGAGCUCGCGCAGCUAAAGAGGGCCAGCGACCUCAGCCAGAAGCUGCGCGAUUUCAACAUCUCAGACGUGAUGGCUUCCACCACAUUGAAGGAUUACUUCAAAGGCCUCGCGCUGCCCUCGGACGACGAUGCGUCGCGCACAUCGGUCUACGACCUCUUCCUCAAGAUUGUGGCGAAUGAGCGGUGGAGCGAUUACGACGGCAACGACGAGUUCCAGCACAUCGAGUUGCUCAAGGCGAUGUCCCAGCAUGUCCCGUCAAGUCACUCCUCGGCCUGCACUGGAGUUGUGGAUCUUCUCUCGUGUGUCGGCGACCUCAGCGCGGCGAGGGCGGCGGUGGAGAAGCUGGGCGACUCUGCGCAUGAGGCUGCGGCGUCGUCUGGGUGCGAAGUGGCGCUGACCUCUUUGGAUCGCCAGGCGCAGCGGUGCAAGGCGCUCCUGAAUAAGAAGCUUAAGGGUUUCGGACAUAUCACCGAGUCGAGCAAGACUGCGUUCGACAACACGAAGCACUACCUCCAGGAGGUCGCGGAAGCAUUGCUGGGGAAUACCGCGGCGGAUGCAGAGUCCUCGGUGAAGCAGCUGUGGGGUAAGUUUCAGAAUGCCGAGGGCCUCAAGCCGUUCGAGGAUGGCGCUGGCAAGGCCAACUGGAAGGAGGUGAAGAAGAUCUGGGAGGCGGGCUUCAAGGACUGGGACCGCGGCGACGGGGAGAGCAUCCUGGAUGCGCUCGGCAAGAAAGUGGACGCGUACACCGAAAUGUGCGACGUCUUCAAGCAGAAGCCCCAGCCCAAGCUGGUGCAGAAUAUCAACGAAAUGAAGACGGCGGUCGCGGUUGUCGUUGCAUCCUCGAUGGUGGUCGAGGCCUGCAUGAGUGCCGACAGCCAGGACGGCGUGAAGCUCAGGGCGCUCAUGAACAAGCCGAAGACGGUGCUCAGGACCCACAAGGUGCAGCCCGAGCUCAUGCCGCCCGCCGUGAAGGCGUCGUACCUCGCGGGCAUGGCGAUGGCGUUCGAGGGCUGA